CUUUGCACACGUUUCAAGACGACCAACACGCACGCAGGCACGCAAGUUUGAAAGAAGACGCGGCCUACGCGGGAUUGAGUUUGAGGACACUAUGUUUCUUGGUUGCGUCCUUUGCCAUGUCAGAGUUAUGUCUCAGUUUGCGUUAGAUUAGAUAUUUAUAGUACUUUCACAACAUGGAAGCCCAAACAACAGGAGACAGCAUUCUUACAAAGUUGUUGCAGCUGCGCCGCAGCAAAGAGCAGAAGGAGCAGAAAGAGUUCAAAGAUAUGCUCGAAUCUCUACCAGAAGGUGAAGAAACAUUGCUGUGGGACCACGUAUUUGAACUCCUGCAAGACCACAUAAUUAAGGAACUAGCAAAAGAGGAGAUGUCGAACAGCGAUGCCUGUGAAUUGAUUGGCCUCGUGACUGAUUCAUGCGAUGCAAAGAGUCCUACAAACCCCUCCCUUCUUACUGCUGCAGAGUACCUUCACAGCGUGCUGUCAGUGCUUGGAGAGGGCAAGCUAAAGAAUUUAAUCCUGGAUCUGUUCACUAAGUGGUGCAUAUCCAAGCUGAACCACUGGGAGAAUAUCUGGAUCAACACUUUUGUGUGGACACUGAAGGCAUCACUGAAAGAUGGUGUACCGAGGAAGGUUGCGAGAGCUGCUUCCCUGUUCAGAGACGAUACGCACAACUUGGAUGUUAUGCCACCUGAAGAGCUUGCUUGUCUCUUGGAGCUGUUUGGAAAGUGUGCCACCUCUCAGCACUACCUGUCCAACAAUAAGGGGAAGCAGUUUAUAACGUGCUUGUUAAAAUCCAAGACUGUAAUUAUCCGUGCUGUGUACAAAGCUAUCGACAAAGCCUUUCCUUAUUUCACGAAGUCUCAGGUUGAAACAUUGGGAAGCUGCUUUUUGUCUGCUUGGAAAAGUAAAACUGAUGCCAGCACAGAAGCAUUGGAAGAAAGCAUACAAGACAUCAUGCUCACAGCUAUCAAUCUAGAUCCGGGCCUGCCGAAGAAUUAUCAUGAACAUUUAUACAGGUUCCUCAAUGUGUUUCAUGCACAGCACUCGAAUAUGGAAAUUUCUAAAAUGCUGUUCCGUUUGUAUCAGCCAAUACUGUGGCGUGGUCUCAAGCAGGCGCCUAAUCCCAUGGUUCGACAGUCCGCUGCACACGUCUUCUUUGGUGCGUUUCCUCUUGUGGAAAACUACGACGUUGCUGCGAGGGAAAUUGAGAUUAGGGAGCACUGCGCACUCAUAAGGUUUCUUUUGCUUGACCCAUACCCUGGCGUUAGAGUGGAAACCAUCAAGGGCACAAUGAAAGCUUUUUCCUGUUUCUAUGGGCUUUUUCCUUACGAUGAAAAGAAGAAGAUAAUGAACAUCCUUCUGAAGAAAAAUGGUCAAGAUUGCAGUUCGCCCGAGUCUCGAAGAUCUGUAGUGAAUGGACUGACUGCCAUGACGAAAAACAUGCUCACCCAUUCGCAGCUCAAGGCCCUUAUGCCAUUCACCAAGCAUUAUAUUGAUGAUCCUGUUGGCGGAGUUCGUGCUGCUUACUUUUCACUUCUCUAUGCUGCACGAAAGGUUGCCGGAUUUAAGUUCGUAGAUGUGGUGAGCAUUGAAGAACUUCUCGACCUCUUGCCACAAGCAAACCACGAGGAAAGCCGCCUCAUUGUGCGGGUGUUGCACAAUACGUUCUUCAACCCAUCCGUAUCCAUCAAGGAGCGCAUGGAACGUCGCCUCUCUCUGGCAGACAAGAACCCUCGCAUUGCAGAUAAGCUGUACUACGAAAUAGCCCGAACUUCUCAAGCAGAAAACGUCUUGGAGUUUUUGCUGACUACUUGCAUUGCACUGCAAAGAAAUUUCCAAGAUAAAAGAGAGGAUAUUCCAGUUGUGGACUCCGACGAGGAAGAUGAUCUGGAUGUUUCUGUGGAAGAAAUAGAAAGUGAUAAAUUAUCGGAGGAGCAAGUGGUAGUGUUUGUGGACACUCUCGCGGUUAUGUUCACUUCGCUGAGGACCAGAGUCAAAGAACUACAAAAUGAGUCUCUGAAAGCAAAGUGGAAGCUUUUCCAUGUGAAAAUGAAGAAAAUGCUAAGGAGUUUGCUGAAAGCAGUUAUGACUGUGCAGCUGAGGCUGUCUUGCUUCUACCUGGCUAGUCUGAUGCCGGAUGCAAGUGAAGUUGUUCCCACAAUUGGCCGUCAGUGCAUGUCCAUGCUACAGCAAAUGAUGACACAGCCUGGAGAUACUGACCCAGUCAUUCGGGAAGCAAGCAUCAGGGCCUGCCUCUACACAGUUUGCAGAGCACGGAAGGCCGCAGAUGUCCUAAGUGCCAUUUCAGACUCCUUGGAGCAGCUUCUUGUUCAGCAGACAUCACGAAGAAGAGUGCGCUUCCAGGUUAAGAGUCAUGGUCCGCAAGCUGAACUGGACAUCCUGAAGGGCUUGCUAAGCAUGAGAGAAACAGUUGCCAUCCUCUUGAAGAGCCACUUGGUGCCGCUGUUUGAUAUUUGGAACGUUCUUCUGAGGGUAGUGAUGAACUUCAGGGAAGGGCUAUCCCAGCCAGAGUCUGUGUGCAACGAGGAACUUCUCACUCUGGUGUUUGGCUUGUACCUCAGGUUAUCAAUCUUGCUUUCCAACAAAGAGAACCCAGCAAACAAACAGAAGUUUGAUACUGCUGCAGCCCUGAAUUGUCACAUGAGUUGGGUCAAGGAGCAUCUGCUUCCAUCGAUUGCAGUUCUUACUGAACCAAGACGGGAGGCUUGCAUAAAGUAUGUUCAGGUAUAUUUGGAAUCUUCUGAAGACGUCUUCAGACUCGACAUGGCCACACAAGAAUUUGCUGACAACAUGCUGGAUUUUAUGAAAAUGUGCAAAGAUUCAGGCUUGAGCCAGUUAAAUGGGAAUGUGGCUGCUGUGGCAAAGACUAUGGAUGGUGCAAAGCUUCUCUUUCUAUCUGACAAAGAAAAAGAGGCGUCUCUCACUGCUGCUCUCGCUAACUUGAGUCUCGAGGAUGUGCAGCGGAGAGAACCCGAAGAUGGUGAGAAGGAAAACCAAGAACCUUCAAGAAGAACAAACAGAAAAAGGAGCCGUACUUUAAAGAAGUGAAUCUGCAGGAAAGGUUACUUAAACAUUGCUCUAUAGAUGAUGCACAAAGACUACUUUGUCCAAAUAAAUUCCCAGAGUUUAUUUUAUUUAAUUAUUCAAAGUGUAUUUUAGGACACUGUUGAAAGGUUUUACAUGUAGCGUUUGUCCCAUCCCAUACCACCAUUACUGGUGUUUACAAAUGAAUUUUCUCUGAGCUCCCUAGGAGCCUGUUAAAGGCCUGCCAGAAACUCUGGGAUGGAACGGAGCUCCCAAAAACAUCAGCACGCAUUCAAUCGUGUUCAAUAUGCAAUUGUGUACAGAUACACAUUUACUGGUGAAUAUGUUUUCAGAGGUCAUGUGCUUGGGGUACCUAUACGUGAGGAGUAUAUAAAUUUUAUAAAUUUUAAUCGCUUAUGACUUGUGUUUUAUCACUGUAUGAGGUAAUAAAUUUUACACUUUUGUCGCA